AUGGAAUAUGCAUUAUAUGGUACAUAUAUCCAAAGUAUUAAAAUUCCGUCGACUGUAUACUUUAUUGAUAUUUUUGCCUUUGGAUAUUGCAAACAAUUAACAAGCAUCGUAAUUCCAAAUAGUGUGAAAAUAAUCUCCGAAGCAAUGUUUAUAUCUUGUCCAUUAUUACAAACAGUAACCCUUUCAGAUAAUUUAACUUUAAUCGAGAAUCAAGCAUUUCAAUAUUGUAGCAAUUUAACAAAUAUAUCAAUACCUAAAAAAGUUGUAUCAAUUGGAAAUAAUGCAUUUGAAAACUAUUUUAAUCUGGUGAUUAUUUCAAUGCCUGAAAAAAUGGUAUCAAUUGGAAAAUAUGCAUUUUAUAAAUGUUUCAAUCUAGCAGGUAUAUCAAUACCAGAUAACAUCUCAACAAUAGAUAACUAUGCAUUUGCUAAUUGUUAUAAGAUAAAAAACAUUAUAAUACCUGGAAGUGUUAAAUCAAUUAAUGAACAUGCAUUUUAUAACUGCAGUUCCGUGACAAGCAUAACAAUUCCCAAUAGUCUUACAACAAUUAAUGUCACAGCAUUUAUUAAAUGUAGUAAACUCACAAAAAUAACAAGUAAAUUAUCUCAUACAAUAAACGGGAUUGAUGCAUUUUAUUCAUGCAACAUUAGCGAAAUUACAUUUGAAGGAUCAAAUUUUGAUCUUAUCAAUAAUCUCGGCUUUAAAGAAAAGAUCAAAUCAAUAACUUACAAUAUUCCGAAAUACAACUCACUUAGAAAAGUAAAUGAUGCAGAAUAUUUGCUACCACUGACAAAUCUUACUAAGUUGCAAUAUAUUAACAUUGAAAAUAUCAAUGAUAUGAUCAUUCCAGCAUAUUUUAUUAAUUGCGAUGAUGUUGAAAUUUUUAUUGCACAUAACAUUAACGCCAUUGAUCCAUUAGCAUUUUCCAAUUGCGCGAUUAAAAAAUUCACAUAUUAUGGAACCAAUCAAAUUGAAGGAGAUUUCUUGAAGAAUGCCAAAUCAUGUAAAGAAAUUAUAACUACUUCCGAAUACAAAUAUGACCAAUUAGGUGGGAUGGACGUAUCUAAAAUUGAUUCAUCCACUCCUCAGCCAUCAACAGCUAAUACUUCUCCAGGUAAUAAUGAUCAUAAUGAUGAUAUCAAUACAGAGAAAUCUGGUAAGAAAUCCGGUACAAUUGCAGGGAUUGUCAUAGGAAUCAUACUUGGAAUUGCAAUCAUCGCUGUUGUUUGUUUCUUCAUUUACAGGAAGAAGUUUGCCAACACUAAUGAGGAAUCCAGUAAAGAACACAUUGAGAUGCAAACAAUUGCAGUUUAA